AUGUCUUUCUCAAUACCACGCAAGAGCACAUUCUUCCAUAAGAAACCGAUUCUCACGGAGAAGAAUCUGCCAAGUCAAAAAGGCAAGGUCUUCAUAAUUACCGGUGCCUCUGGUGGGAUCGGCAAAGAGAUCACCUCAAUUCUAUACGGCGCCAACGCAAAGGUUUAUCUGGCAACUCGGUCUGAGGCAAAAACAACCGCAACUAUCACUGAUAUUCGCAAAGCGCACCCUCAUUCCUCUGGGGAACUCAUUCAUCUUCCCCUUCAUCUCGAUGAUCUUUCCACAAUUAAGGCCUCAGUAGAGCGCUUCCUCGCUGCAGAAAAUCGCCUCGAUGUUCUCUGGAACAAUGCCGGCGUAAUGGUUCCUCCGCAGGGCUCAACUUCCGUGCAGGGCCACGAGUUACAGUAUGGCGUGAACUGCCUUGGGCACUUUCUCUUUACACGGCUGUUGCAUCCUUUGCUUGUGGAGACCGUAAAGCAGGAAGCAAGGCAGAGAAGGGACUCUGUGAGGGUUAUCUGGGUUUCGUCCAGUGCGGCGGAUCAUGUCUCAAAGCCGGCGAUUGACUUCGAGAAUAUGGAUUACCGGUACUAUGACGAGGGAAUUUGGAGUAAGUACGCCAGAAGCAAGGCUGGGAAUGUUUUACAGGCCGUUGAGUAUGCUCGGCGGGCGGGAGCGGAAGGAAUUAUUAGCUUGACGCUUAAUCCGGGAAACUUCCUCACGGGUUUGCAGGGAACGAUGCCUAGAUGGCAGGUUGCGCUGUUUAAAAUGGUCGCCCAAGACCCCAAAAACGGGGCCUACACUGAGCUAUUUGCAGGCCUUGACGAGUCAAUCACUCGGAAGGAUAACGGAGGCUGGGUCUCACCUUACGGCAAAUUGGAAUCAGUUCGUGAGGACCUUCGUGACCCAGCGCUUGGGAAAAUGUUUUGGGAAUGGUGUGAAGAGCAAGUUCAGGCUUUUCUGUAA